AUAAAGAUUGGGAAGACAUAAAAAAGAUGCCCGAACAUUCAACUUUAAUGAAAGACUUCCGGAGAAACACGUAUACCAACUGCAGCCUUAUCAAAUAUAUGGAAAAACAUAAAGUUAAACCAGAUAGUAAGGCAUUCCACUUGCUUCAGAAAUUGCUCACUAUGGAUCCAAUAAAGAGAAUUACCUCAGAACAGGCUAUGCAGGAUCCCUAUUUCUUAGAAGAUCCUCUUCCCACAUCCGAUGUUUUUGCAGGUUGUCAAAUCCCUUACCCAAAACGAGAAUUUUUAACAGAAGAAGAACCAGAUGAUAAAGGAGACAAAAAGAACCAGCAGCAGCAGCAGGGCAAUAACCAUACUAAUGGAACUGGUCAUCCAGGGAACCAAGACAACAGUCACACGCAGGGACCCCCACUGAAAAAAGUGAGAGUUGUUCCUCCUACCACUACCUCAGGUGGACUUAUUAUGACCUCAGACUAUCAGCGUUCCAACCCCCAUGCUGCCUACCCCAACCCCGGACCAAGCACAUCACAGCCACAGAGCAGCAUGGGGUAUUCAACUACCUCCCAGCAGCCGCCACAGUACUCGCAUCAGACGCACCGGUACUGAGCUGCAUCCCACUAACGAACGUCAGUGCACUGUUGCUAAUGCUGCAGGACCGGCCACGCAGCUGCCUGCCUGGAACCCGGCUUGGGCCACGAGAAUGUACUGUACAACCACACCUCCAACCUGUCCGACGGCCACGAUCCACCCCCUUCCACAGAGCGGAGUAGUGGCUCCCAAAUUGUACCUGUUUUUGGGGUUAGACUUGAACAGAAAGUGCUAGCACAGUUUGUGUUGUGGAUAUGCUACUUCCAUAGUUUACUUGACAUGGUUCAGACUGACCGAUGCAUUUUUUUCAGUGACAGUCUGUAGCGGUUGAAGCUGUGAAAUGUGCUAGGGGCAAGCAUUUUUGUUGUCGUAUGUGGUGAAUUCUCUUGAUGUAACAACUUUAUCUGACCGAUAGUAUACAGCAUCUUUGAACUGGUACUCGAAGCAUACAGUAUAUGUUACCAUGGCAAAAAAGCAAACUAACCGUGACUCCGAGACAAUUUUGAUAGAUGUUUAUUUUUAGUGACUUUUGUGGGUUGGUUCAUUUUCUACCUAGAUCAAUGUUUUAUGACCGACACGAUUGCUACGACGAGAUUUUUUUUUUUAAGAAGGUGAAAACGUUGGCAUUUUUUUUCCAGCAAUUACAAAUGUCCCAAAGAUUAAUUUCCAACAUAAGUUUUUAGUUUUGUUUUUAAAUCUAUGACUUGACUGGUAUUAAAGCUGCUAUUUGAUAGUAAAAUAAGUAUGUUGUCAUUGAUAUAAACAUGUUUGGUUCAGCAAACAAACUAAAUGAUUGUCAUAGACAGUGUUUUAUUUUUUUUCCUGUUGGUGUUAAUGAUUUGUGAGCAUGCUUUGGGAUUAAAAAAGCAUGAAUGAUAUUUCCUAAAAAGGUGCGGCAUCCAUUCAGAUAUUUUUGUCAUGAUUUUUGAGAACCAGCUUGGUGUAGUGGAUUUUAAGUUUCGUUCAGUUAAUUUUUUUUUAAUGUUCGCACGUUGUUUAGGGGUGCCAUUCCUACAGCAGAGGAUCAAGGUGUUAGGAGAGCCUUAGAAUUUAUGAGGAAAAACUUACAUACAAUGUACUGUAUCAAACUAUUUUACAUGAAUGACACAAGUAUUCUGAAUAAAAAAAAAAAUCAAACAUUGUUAGAACAAGGUGUUAUGUAAUAAAUUUAUUUUUCAUAAAUCUGCA